AAUCUGGUUUCUUUCAUUGCUAAAUGUUCAGACUGAAAGUAUUAUCUAUACGUUUGAGUAAUCCAGUUUUAGCUUCAGAUUUGUGACUUUACUAUGUUAUAAAACUUGUGAUCCCCAUAUAUGUUCUUGAUCUGAAAUAUAUACUUCAUGAUAUUUCAUUUGUGUAUCUAUCAUGAUUCUUCAAGGUUACUGGCAUAAUGGGGUCAUGUUAUUGAGAAAUAAUUUUGCUAUUUGAUACUUUCAACUUGAAGUUGUGAGAAAUUAGGUUCUAUUUUCUAUAGCACAUUGGGUUUUAUUUUCUUGGAAUUUGUCACCAGUUUGUUACAUGAAAAAAAAAUAUAUAUAUUCAGAUUGGUGUAAAUGUGUUUGUUUUUUAGUAGUUUAAUUUUGUGGAUAGGAAGAGCUUACUGGAUUAAAAAUGUGGCUUUCCCUUUUAGAGAAACAAAAAUGUGCAAUUUGUUUAUUUAGAAUGACACAUAGUGAUAUCCCUUGUUUAGUUGUUAGCACGAGGUUUAGUCUAGUCCUGUUUUUCUGUUUGGCGAUUUAGUUGGCUGGGACAAAAUUGCGUGUGUGCUGCAUGAGUAAGACAUUGCUAUUUUAAGUUUUAAAUCUUGUGCUUUUGACUUUGAGAAGAACAGACUUCUGUCCAGGUUGAUAUUUGAAAUCAGAAUUUUGAAAGUCCAUAGUUUAAAUGAAAGUUCUUCAAUUGUUAUUGGCUUGAAGAUCCUUUAUAGUCUUUAAAGUUACAACAUUCCUUCUUGCUUGUGCUGUAAUACAUUUAUGCUGAGUGAUACUUUGACCGGAAAGUUUACUUGAGGCUGGAUCACACCUAAUACAAAUACUUAAUUUUGAAGAUGGAUUCAUCACAGAACGCAGCAGUUGGGACUGGUGGCAAUGGCAUGUUGCCUGCUCAAGUAAAUGAUAUGGCAGCAGCAACAGCAGUGGAUGAUCCGAAGCAAAAUCUGAACCAGGUCAUUAAUUCCAUCCAGAAGACUCUUGGCCUCCUCCACCAGCUUUACUUAACUGUCUCUUCCUUCAACACUGCCUCCCAACUCCCUCUCCUUCAACGCCUCAAUGGUCUUGUUGUGGAGCUAGACAAUAUGGUUAAAUUGUCUGAGAAAUGUGACAUUCAAGUUCCUAUGGAGGUCCUCAAUUUGAUUGAUGAAGGGGAGAAUCCAGAUGAAUUCACACGCAAUGUUAUAAACAGCUGCAUUGCCAAGAAUCAAGUUACCAAGGGUAAAACUGAUGCGUUCAAGAGUUUAAGGAAGCAUCUGCUGGAGGAACUUGAGCAGGCUUUUCCAGAUGAAGUUGAAUCAUAUAGGGAGAUACGCACAAUUUCUGCUGCUGAAUCAAAACGUCUUGCUCAGGCACAGAGUUCAUUACCCAAUGGAGACAUGAAGGUUAAGACUGAGCUUUGAGGGUCAUGCCAUUUAUAGUGUUUGACGAGCACAUAUUGCUGUUGGCAUCUAGAGAAGGUGGACAUGCGGAAGUAGGAAGUGAGAGUUCUAAAAGCAAGUAGGCUUUACUAGGGGAUUUCCCAUCCAAGACUACUGAAUUUGUAAUAUCCUGCAAAGAUUACGGGAAGAAAUAGUUGCAAGUAAUAGAUAGUUAUAUAUAUGCUAGACUUUUUCAUGUGAAGACAGAAUUCUUACAACUGUGUACUACAACUUGGAUUCAUGUAAAGAAAAUGAUAGGAACUAUGCCAUUGAACCAUUUGUUAGUUAGCUUCAAAUUGUUAGUUUGCUUUUUACGGUCA